UUGUGCUCCUCCUGGCUCUCUGCAGGACCUCGGGCUCCAGGAAUUUGGACCGAGUGGUAGAGACAUCGCCGACAGAGACGGCAAUUGCCAGCUUCCUCCCUAUGCUGCCUUGUGAUUCAAAGCAGGAUUCUGCUCUGCUUUUCUAAAAGGGGAGCACGUUAAUGCUGGAGACCCACAGAUCAGAAGCAGGCAAGGAAACUCCACCGGUCCCAUCCAAGAGUCUGAGCUUCGCCCGAGGUUACCCGGGUAGCGAGUGACAAAGCAGGCCUAAAAUCCAAGCCCGCCAACCUAGUCUGGCUUCACGGAGCCAUGUGGCCUCUCCUGCUGGCUUUUUUCCUGCUUCAUGCCUGCCCCGCUGGAGGAGCCCGCGACCUCCGCCAGGUCCUGAUGCUGCAGAAGACGGAGCUUGCGCUGCGCCUCUACCGGAGCGUGGCCGCCACCAGCAACCAGACCAACCUGGUCCUCUCCCCGGCCGGCGUGUGCAUCCCUCUGGAGCUCCUGCACUUUGGGGCCCAGGGCAACACGGGCCGGCAGCUGGCCGAGGCCCUGGGCUACACCGUUCAUGACCCAAGGGUCAGAGAGUGGCUGCGAGCCGUCUAUGCCACGCUACCCAGCGCCAGCCCAGGUGCCAAGCUGGAGCUGGCCUGCACCCUCUAUGUGCAAGAGGGAACGCCGCUCACCCCCUGCUUCGUGGAGCAGGUCUCCCGGUGGGCCAACAGCAGCCUGGAGCCAGCCAACCUCAGAGAGCCCAAGGGCACCACCCUCCUGGCCAAUGGAUGGGCCUCCGGGCCGACCACAGGUAAAGGAAAACCGUCCGGUCCAGGCGGCUCCACGUGGACGCGCGGCGGCGGCGGCGGCGGCGACGGCGGCGGCUCGGCGUCUGCGCAGUUGGUGCUGCUGAGCACCAUGACUUUCCAGAGCGCCUGGCGGCAGCGGUUCUCCUCCUCCGACACUCAGCUCCUGCCUUUCACCUGUGCCAGGGGCCUCGUCCUCCAGGUGCCCAUGAUGUACCAGAUGGCUGAGGUCAACUACGGCCAGUUCCAGGACCCUGCAGGCCAUCAGGUGGGGGUGCUGGAGCUGCCAUACCUGGGAAGUGCGGUGAGCCUACUUCUGGUGCUGCCGCAUGACAGAGACACCCCACUGAGCCACAUCGAGCCCCACCUCACCGCCAGCAUCCUUCACACCUGGACCUCCAGCCUGAAGAGAGCCAGGAUGGACGUGUUCCUGCCCAGAUUUAGAAUCCAAAAUCAUUUCAACUUAAAAAACAUUUUAUAUUCCUGGGGACUCACCGAUCUUUUCGACCCACUCAAAGCUAACUUGAAGGGAAUUUCAGGCCAAGAUGGCUUGUAUGUUUCUGAAGCGAUCCACAAAGCCAAGGUGGAGGUUGCAGAGGAAGGCACCAAGGCUUCUGCGGCUACAGCUCUGUUGUUACUGAAAAGGUCUCGGAUUCCCAUUUUUAAAGCAGACCGACCAUUCAUCUUUUUCCUGAGAGAGCCCAACACAGGUAUCACAGUAUUUUUUGAUAGAACUAAGAUAAAUUCAAUUUAUCAGCAUCUCUCUAGCAACAAGGGCUGA